AUGGUGCAAGCCCCGAUGCUGUCAUGUCCGCUCAAGCAGACAGGUGAGGUGGACUGGGUUGGGCCGCUAAAGAAUUACAUUCGAAUGACAUACGGCGACGACCCGGACAAGUAUAAUGAGGAAUGCGCCACGCUCAAUCGCCUACGACAGGACAUGCGGGGAGCCGGUUCAGACAGUGCUUCUGGAAGAGACCUGUUGUAUAGAUACUAUGGCCAGCUGGAGUUGCUGGACUUGCGCUUUCCCGUGGACGAGAACCAUAUCAAAAUCUCCUUCACAUGGUUCGAUGCAUUCACACACAAACCAACCUCACAGUACUCACUGGCCUUCGAGAAAGCCUCUGUCAUCUUCAACAUCUCCGCCGUGCUUUCAUGCCAUGCCGCAUCACAGAACAGGGCCGAAGACAACGGCCUUAAGACGGCAUACCAUUCAUUCCAAGCCUCCGCUGGCAUGUUCACAUAUAUCAACGAGAACUUUCUACAUGCACCAUCACAAGACCUGAACCGAGACACCGUCAAGACUAUGAUCAGCAUCACAAUGGCACAGGCACAGGAAUCGUUCCUCGAGAAGCAAGUACGGGAUGGCAAGAAGUCAGGCUUGUUAGCCAAACUUGCGGCCCAGGCUCACUACCUGUACGGGCAGGCAAAGGAAGGUCUGGACACGGAGACGUCUAAGCUGGUCUUCGAUACGUCGUGGACAAAGUUCAUCCAGGUCAAGCAUCUGCAUUUCGAAAGUUUGGCCCAAUACUACCAGGCGCUCACUGAGGAUGAGGGCAACUUACAGGGUUCUGCUAUUGCGAGACUUGCUAUUGCUGAGAGAGCUAGCAAGGCGGCGUACCAGGCAUCUCGCACAUUUCCAGCCUCUCCCGCCAGCACGUCAAACCUAGGCUCCGACACCGCGUCCACUCUACAAGCCAUCACGAAGCGGCAGCUGGAGGUGGCACAGGAAAAGCAGAUCUCGCUCGUGAAGGACAACGACUACAUCUACCACCAGACUGUGCCAGCAGAGGCCGCCAUACAGCCCGUGACUAAGAUGCCUGCGGCUAAGGCGAUCCCUGUGUCGGAGCUGUACCAAGGUCAGGACAUCCAACGCAUCAUAGGACCCGACAUUUUCCAGAAAAUUGUGCCCAUGGCAGUUACCGAGCAGGCCAGCAUGUACGACGAGGAGAAGGCCAAGCUCAUUCGAUCAGAAGCCGAGAAGGUCGAACAAGCCAACGGCGAAAUGGCGGCAAGUCUAGAUUACUUAAAGCUUCCAAACAGCUUGAAUGUGCUGAAGGGCGGCCUGGAUGCGAGAUGA